CGGCCGCGGAGCUGCUGGUAGCGGCGGCGUCGGCAGGCGCGGAGGUGGCGGCGUUUCGCCCCCGCUCGAUGUGAGGAGGAGCGCGGCCCAGGCAAGCGGCGUGCGAGGGGCGCGGGGCCUCCGCGCCGCGGGCGGGAGAGUUCACAAUGACGAAUGAAGAACCUCUCCCAAAGAAGGUUCGCCUUAGUGAAGCAGAUUUUAAGGUUUUACCUAGAGAUGAGCUUAUCCUAAGGUGGAAACAAUAUGAAGCAUAUGUGCAAGCUCUGGAGGGCAAGUACACAGACCUUAAUUCUAAUGAUGUGACGGGGCUGAGAGAAUCCGAAGAGAAGCUGAAGCAGCAACAGCAGGAGUCUGCCCGAAGAGAAAAUAUUCUGGUGAUGAGGCUGGCAACUAAGGAACAGGAGAUGCAAGAGUGUACUAAUCAGAUUCAGUACCUCAAGCAAGUCCAGCAGCCUAGUGUUGCCCAACUGCGAUCAACAAUGGUGGACCCAGCCAUCAACUUGUUUUUCCUAAAAAUGAAAGGUGAACUGGAACAGACUAAAGACAAACUGGAACAAGCCCAAAAUGAACUGAGUGCCUGGAAAUUUACGCCUGAUAGCCAAACAGGGAAAAAGUUAAUGGCGAAGUGUCGAAUGCUUAUCCAGGAGAAUCAAGAGCUUGGAAGGCAGCUGUCCCAAGGACGUAUUGCACAGCUUGAGGCAGAAUUGGCUUUACAGAAGAAAUAUAGUGAGGAACUUAAAAGCAGUCAGGAUGAAUUGAAUGACUUCAUCAUCCAGCUUGAUGAGGAGGUAGAGGGUAUGCAGAGUACCAUUCUAGUUCUUCAGCAGCAGUUGAAGGAGACUCGCCAGCAGUUGGCACAGUACCAGCAGCAGCAGUCCCAGGCCUCCAACCCAGGUACCAGCAGGACUCCAUCCUCUGAGCCCACAGAGCAGGGAGAGGCUGCGGGCAAAGACUGCAGCCGCCUGGCAAACGGACCAAGCAAUGGCAGCUCCUCCCAUCAGCGGACGUCUGGGCCUGGAUUUUAUAGGGAGGGUAGCGGCACGGAAGAUGACUUCCCGGCUUCUCCAGGGAAUGGUAAUAAGCUGUCCAACCACUCUGAAGAUAGAACUGGUAGAGGAAGUGGUAGCUACAUAAACCAGCUCAGUACUGGGUAUGAAAGUGUAGACUCUCCCACUGGCAGUGAAAACUCUCUCACUCACCACUCAAAUGACACAGACUCCAAUCAUGAUCCUCAAGAGGAGAAAACAGUGAGCAUGAAAGGUAACAGAACUGUGGGUUCUCGUCAUGUCCAGAAUGGUUUGGACUCCAGUGUAAAUGUGCAGGGUUCAGUUUUGUAACAUUUUUCUGCAAAAUUUUUAUACAGUGUCAUUGAAAUUGGGAGAGGAUACUGUCCAGAAGCCGUUUAAAUUAGUGCAUACUUGUCACAAUUUUGCCUUUUUGUGGGUUUCUUUUUGCUUCAAUACCUCUGCCACUUUGGAAAUUUUAACAGUUAAUUACGUUGAAUGUUGCUAAAAGGACGUUUGUGUAGCUCAAGUUAUUUUUAUAUGAGUUAAUGUGAAGUUGAAAUGGAAGUUAUUUCCAUAAAGUAUAACAUAAAUGAUGUCUGUACAAAUCUGUGUAUAUCUAGAACCUGUGCUGUGUAAGGGCAUUCUUACUCAUACUGUUAUACUUAACACCACCUUCAAGAUUUGUCAUAAUAGCUGUGGGUUUAUGACUGCCAAGUUUGCCCAGUACAGUAGUUUUAUCACUAAAAAGAUGGACUUACUGAAGGAGUCCUGUAGUAGUUUCAGUGUUAAUUACAGUUUUUCCCACCAUACAUCUGUGCAUUUUCUCCUUAGGUGACCGAAUGUUUAUGGAUUGUGUGCAUAGUUACUCAGUUUUUAAGAACUGUUGUAUCCUGUUGAUGCAUAUUGCUCUGUGACUCCAAUAUUAUCUUACCUGUACUGACCAAACCUAAAUAAAAACUUUUAAUAAUGUAA